AGGAAAGUUUCUAUACUAUUGGCUACCACCGUAUAUGAUACGAAGAUAACAAUAAUGUAUACUUUUAUAACAAGUGCUUAAGUGAACAUAUUAAUAUCGCAGUGCAUACAAAUUGAUGUAUGUGGUUUAAUUAAGAACAACUUUUGUGGUUUUCAAUAUAUUUAUAUAUAUAUAUUUGUGUUGUAAGAUGGCUGAAAUUAUACCGGGUGUUGAAGAAGUAGUGAGUUUUGCAGUAGAUGUGUACGAAAAAGAGUUUGGUGAAGCACCUGAUGUUCAAGUGUUCGCUCCAGGAAGAGUUAAUCUGAUUGGAGAACAUACCGAUUAUAAUGAGGGGUUUGUAAUGCCCAUGGCACUUCCCCUGGUCACAGUUAUUGUUGGAAAAGUAAUUGAAGGUGAACAAACCACGAUCGUAACAACAAAUAAACAUGCUGAUUUGCCACAUAGGACUACUAUCGAGAUGCCAAAUAAAAAUUCACUUGUCAGGAUAAUUCCCAGGGGAAUGCCCAAAUGGGCAAAUUAUGUGAAAGGUGUGAUUGCAAACUAUUUGGGAAGCUUACCCCCAGCAUUUAGAGCUGUUAUACAUACCAGUGUCCCGACAGGGGGCGGAUUGUCAAGUAGUGCUGCCCUGGAAGUUGCAACUUACACAUUUUUGGACGCUAUUACAGAACCAAAUACAAUAAUGCCUACCGAUAAAGCUUUAGCAUGCCAAAAAGCUGAGCAUGAUUAUGCUGGCAUGCCAUGCGGAAUCAUGGAUCAAUUUAUCUCAGCUUUGGGAAAAAAGGAUAAUGCCCUAUUAAUAGAUUGCAGAAAUCUGACUUCAACAUUGGUACCUCUAUCCGAACCGGAAAUGGUCAUUCUGGUGACGAAUUCGAACGUGAAACACGAACUAACCGGAAGUGAAUACCCCACAAGAAGAAAGCAAUGUCAGGAGGCCGCCCUGCUGAUAAAAAAAAUUAGCUUGAGGGAUGCCAACCUGAAGGACAUUGAGUACCUAACUUCCAUAAACACUGAUAACGACAUAGUCAAACGAGCCAGACACGUUGUAACGGAAAUUCAGAGGACAAUGGACGGAGCUGAGGCUUUAAACGAAAGAAAUUAUCGCAAAUUUGGCAGACUCAUGGUGGAAAGUCAUAACUCUCUGAGAGAUGAUUUUGACGUUUCAUGUCCGGAAGUUGAUCAGUUAGUUGAGUUGGCCAUGCAAGUGGAGGGGGUGUUGGGCAGCCGUAUGACAGGAGGGGGCUUCGGGGGGUGUACAGUGACAUUGGUUCAAAAAUACGCAGUCAAAAAUGUAAUAGACAACAUCAAAAAUAACUAUCAAGGAAAAGCAACAUUUUAUGUUUGCCAAGCUAGUGACGGGGCAAAAAUAUUAAAAAAUCCCUAAAAACAGAUGAUAAUAAUAUUAUAUAUAUUUUUUAUGAUAUAAAAUUAAAAACUAUAAUAUACGUACAAAAUUGUAUAGUCAAUAUAAUUUUUAUUUACCUAAGAAAUGUAAGAAU